ACUUCACAAUGUUAUUGAUUGGCUUUGCUUUAUGGUGACCUCUUUUAAUUACUAUUAAGCUUUUACUAGAUUAAUUUUAAUUUUGCUUUUUAUACUGAUUUGUGUGAUGAAGGGUUAAAGUGGAAAUAAAUCGCAUGCUGGAAUCAGACCAGUGUAACAGAUGACAUAAUCUAUGGAGCUAGAACGGGACUCUGCUAACAAACAAGAUCCACUCAGAAGUGGACUUGCUCCGUGUGGUAACAACUGCAACGUGUAAAUUAUAGGAUUGUUGCUUACAGCAAGAGAGACCGCCUCCAAAAACAUGAAUGAGAUCUUGGCACCUAGUUUAGUUUUAAUGUUUUGAAAAGUGAGAUCUGAAUACAGAUCGUUAGAAAUAAUCUUACAUAAGAAUACGUUUGCUGGGUUAUAUAGUGAUUCUUAUUUAAGGUACAUGGAAAAAGAGCAGCACAAACAGCAAUAAGACGGUUUCACAGUGGUUCCACUAUUAAGCAGAAAUUCUAACAUUUUGCUGGAUGCAAUUUGAAAUUCUUUAAACUUGAUAUAGUUUUGUACAAGUAUGUGAGGAAAUGUUUUUUUUAAGGCCUAAGUGGAGGUGGGCCCUCCCCCAUAAUUUGACGAGGGAAUUGCAUUGCUGCAUGAAGGACAGGUGCAGAAGUUACAGAAAAGCUGGCUAUUUUUGGAACAGCUGAGCAUUCAGUAUUUUUAAGUCAGUCUUCACACGUCUGCAGUAUUAACAAGUCACUUUGCGUUUUGAGUAAAGAAACUACCUUGCUUCAAAAAGAAAAUGGAACAUGCAGUAGAGGAAAUUCUCACCAUGUUGGACAUACUGCUGUGUAGUUAAGUAGUGAGUGCUGUGUGAAUGUUUGGCCAUAGAUUACUUAAACAGUAGCGACAUUACAGUUUCUUCAUUUACACCUCAAAACUAUAGUGGCCUUUAAGGUCUUUCCCUUUGUAGCAAUGUCCUAAAUCUUUAUUUGCAUUUUGUACUGUAGUUUACACUCCUAAAAACUUCGAGCCUGAAAAUACUGAGUGACUGAGAAUUACUAUAGUUUAAGUUGCUGCUUAUUUUAUGCAAGGCAGAGUGUGUUGUUUUUUUUUUUUUGUUUUGUUUUUUCGUUUUUUUCUUACCCCAUAGUAUCUAUAUUAGUAAUUAUGGCUGUUAAUGUUUUUGGUAUUUAACAAUAAAAAAAAGUAUAUACUUAAAGUGCAGACUAGUAUAACAAUUGUAAGUGUCCAAAAGUCUUUUAGAAAUGGAGCCAUUAAAUGAAAUAAUUCUUGAAGUUGAACAAACACUGUUCAAUGUGGAAAAAUCUGUCCUUGCUGCUGAAAGUGGCUAUUUUCAAGUAAUGUUUUAUGGGGCCUUCAAAGAAAGUGCUUUGCAUCACAUCCGCCUGCGUGGGGUAAAAAAGGAAUGUUUUCGGACUCUUUUGGACUUCAUAAAAAGUGGAACUAUUGAAUUAAACCAGACUAAUGUGACAGAGCUCCUGGAAACUGCAGACUUCUUGGACCUACGACAAGCCAAGCAGUUCUGUGUUGGGUUCUUAGUACAGGAAUUAAGAGUCUCCAACUGCUUGGGUAUGAUGUCCUACUCUCGGCAUUAUGGUUGUACAGAUCUGUAUGAGUCUGCUUUUCAUGUUGCGGUCACGCACUUUCCAGAGCUUAUAAAUGAAAAUGAAUUUGGUCAAUUGGAUAAGGAAACUCUAGAGGAGUUGCUGCAAAGUAAUGAUCUGCAUGUCACUAGUGAAGACCUUGUGUUUAAUGCUGUCAUGAAGUGGAUCAUGGUGGACUCUACAAGAGAGAAGAACUUUGAAGAUUUAGUGGCACGGGUGAGACCUGCAUUUCUAAGCCUCUCCUUUCUCGAUGUUCUAGUCAAGCGAAGUCAAAGGUCAAAAGAGCAGGAUACAUAUUACAGACUCUUACAAAUAUUAAACACAAACCCACCUAAGACUUGGCGUUCCAUGGAUGAGUUUAUGUCAACCAGCAGGACAUAUGAGACGCUAUAUGUGCUUGGCGGCAAGCAUGAGAAAGAACAAGAACUGCACAUGUAUCUACCAAAGACCUCUACAUGGAGGACCUGCUCCCCUUUGCAGCGUAAUAACCUCACUCAGUAUGCAGUGACCACAGUAGGCAACCUGGUGAUUGUGACUGGGGGAUAUUUCCGUGGGGAUUUUGUGUGGUAUAGCAUAGACUGUGUUCUCAUUUACAACUCCUCCAAUAACUGUUGGACAGAUGGACCACCUAUGAAGAUGUCCCGGAACUGCCACUGUGCUGUGGGACUUGGCCUCCAUCUGUAUGUUAUGGGCGGGAGCACAGAUGAAGGUGUUAUUGCAGAUGUGGAGAUGCUGGAUUUAGCAGAGAUGGCGUGGGAAAGUCGCAAUCCUCUCAUUAGACCAACUGAAAGAGCAGCUGCUGCUAGUGCUGAUACUAAGCUUUAUGUUAUAUGUGGCCGUGAUGAGAACGGCGAGGUGUACAGCGGGGUACAGAGACUGAACACGGAGACUGAUGUGUGGGAUGUAAUCACUUACUCUCCUAUGCCCAGGUAUGAUCUCUGUGCUACAGUGCUUAAUGGAGUUCUAUAUACCAUUGGAGGGAAGGCUCUACGCUAUGACUUUUGCACUGGAAAAUGGUCAGUAAUUGAAGAGGAAUGCCUCAACCACAAGUUCUUUAUGGGGUGCUGUUCUGCCAAUGGGCGAAUUUAUGUCCUGGGUCAGAGAAGAGCUGGGGUAACUCAUGAUAUUCCCAGUUUUGUUCUGUAUGACCCAUACCUGGACAUCUGCCAAGUAGAAGAUGACAAGCUCCCCUGUCCACUGCCCAUCAGAGGCUGUGUGGCCAUGAGACGCUAUGAUGUUUGGUCCUGACAUCGACAAAUACACAGAUGACAUGCAUGUAAAGCAUUUGCAAAGGACUAGUUAGAAUUACUAUGUAUGUUCCUGACAAAUGCAGCUGUAAUUUGUUUGUUGCACCUAGUUCUAAUCACUUUAGUCAGUCUAUUCUACUAAAGUAGUAACAUGGUCCCUGGAGGAGGCAUGGCAAGCUGUCUUGGGCUUUCCUCCUUGGAUCAAUCCUACUUAGCACACAUGAAUGUAUAUAAAUGUGCCAAAAUCAAUUAGACUUUCUAGAGACCUGAUUACAUAUCUCAGCUAAUUAUGUCCCUCCGUGACUUUACAGCAAUAUGGGAGCUAAUGAGGUGUAAGAAAGUUUGUGUACACAGUUUGCUUAUAGUUAAUAGGAUUGUGUAAUUAUACUGCCCAUGUAUAUACGGUUUGAGGGAUAAAGGAACACUUUGUACCCUGUCAUGCCAUGUCAGAGAUGUGGGGACUGCCAGUUUGUUAGAUAACGUGUUUGUAUAUUUUCUUAAUUUCACCUUUCCCAACGUUUGCUGUGCACAAAAUUUAUUUACAGAGAAACACAUUUUUUUUUAAUGUGUUUCUGUGGAGGGAACAUACAAUGUGAGUUUAUGUUGAUACAUUUGUCUAAAAAACAAAACAAAAAACCCUUGUAAUUAAAAGUGUAAAUCAAUGUCUACAUGCUGAUAUAUAGUUAUAUAACCAUGGUCUUCAAUUGCCGUGUUAUAUUGUAUAAAAUCCUGCAAUUUAGUGUUUUUCAAAAAUAAUUUUGGAAACGGCAGAUAAGGGAAGUCUCCCACAUCUAAUGUUUCUCUUCCGUGACCGGCCAAUGUAAAUGAAACAUCUAUAAGGCUGAUUAAACAACCAUUGGAUCAUUGGUCAGGGACAUUCUACAGGCCCCAAUGUGCUCACUGGUGAUAAAUGGAGACUCAGCCCAAUAAUGGCCACACUCUGAGUGUAAAUGCUGCUGGCUACGGGGUCAUUGGAGCUGUUCCAUACCUGUUUACAUGCCUGUACUAGCAUCACACGUUUUAGCAAAACUAUUUAUUCGGACACCAGUAAGAGGCAGACGUGGACAUUUUGGAAUGCAGCUCUAGUUAUUGAGGCAGGUGCAGUAUUGUACAUAUGCAUGUUAGUGGAGAGAAUCAUGCGCAUAUUCCGGUAUUCUAGAUCCCAGCUUACACAAGUACUGUAUGUGUGAUGCAGCUGGCAGAGUACUAUGCAUUUUAAUCACAUCUGCACUUGCAAUAGAGGAGGCUGUAAUGGGGCGCCCUGAAUAUAGGCAGAGUUCAGGUUCAGUGAGUCUGUGCUGAUAGAACUGUGGUUAAUGCAGAUAUGGACAGAAGUGGAGAUACACUCAGUUGUAUCAUUAACACCUAAUAUAGGUUAGUGCAAGUACGCCCUGAUGAUGACGAGUAGCAAACCAAGUGUACACAUAGGGAGCGGGUGCACAGCAAAGCAUGCACGGAGUGGCCAGGCCAAGAGCUGCGUCGUGGAUGCAGUUUCCUUGGCCUCACAAGGCCACCUGCAACGGCAAGCCUGAGUAAACCGAUGAUCGCGAUGAUCACCACUGCACCACAGAUAUGCACCUCCUCCUGUAUUUACAUUGCAAAGGACUGCAAUUGUAAUCCUUUCUGAAUUAAGACCUUAGUUCUCUCAAAAAGUAUGUAAAUGUCACCUGUAGUGACUUCCACAGAUUUGUAUUAUUCAGUUGCAGGUUUCCGCGUGUCAUGGCAGUUUCACACUGGUGGAAAUUUGUGAUGUGGAUUAAAUAGAAAAUUGCUUUAUUCAAGAGAUGGAUAAUCUUUAGUGAGAUGUGUAUAAACAUGAAAUGCUCCCCACCACCCAAUCAUAUACUGUC